CCCUCAGACGAUGUUUGACCACACACAUCGUCUCCUCCAUUAGGAAAUUUGAUAAGAUUGGAUUGAUAAAAAGAAGCACCCUAAACACGAUACGCUCGCUUUGUACAGGUUUGUGCUGUUUUAAACGGUCCAUUCCUUCCUUUUGGUGGGAGGUGGCAUUUUUUCUGUUUUUACUUUAGUUUGCUUGCUCAAGGAAACCAAACACAACCGAAAUUCAUCGCGAAUUUCAUUUACAAAACAGACAACACAAAAGCGCCCCUUAGUGUGUUGUUUACCAUCGGUGGCUCUGAUAAAAUAGUGAGGCCGUUUUUUUCAUAGCUGCUAGUGCAUCCCGACUGUAGUGGUGUGUGACUUUCGUCACAGUCAAUUUAAUCUGAACCAAACAUAAUCAAAAGUGAACAAAAAAAACCCAGAGCGGUUAAAACGGGUUGGAUUUUCCCUCUGACUGGCGCCCACCACCGCUUUUGUACACAUCAUCAUCAGCAGCGUCAGCAAAACGCCAUCGCGUUCCAGGCGACGCCAUUAAUUUCGAUGAUAGAGUGAUUAGCCGGUUUGCUAGCGAGCGUAGCAGAAAAACCGCGUGUUUGCACCUGUGACGAGCGACAACUCUUCAUAUCAGCCGGAGCAAGAGCUUGCCCACUAACCCGCCAGUCAUCAUGUUCCAGAAGCGGCAGCUGCGCAUCAUCUACCUGGUGAUUUUGAUCAUCGUACUGGUGCUGGUCUACAAAAGCUUCACCCAGCACGGACCGCCCGCUGCUGAGGGCGAUGUGGAGCAAACGUCGGGCGGCAAUGAGGCGAUGCUCAAACCAAGCGCACCGGUUUUAGUCGUGGUGUACUAUGAGACACUCUGUCCGGAUUCGAAAAACUUUGUCCUCCACCAGCUGCAGCCCGCGUUCGAUAGGGCGCCGGAGCUAAUGGAUAUAGAGUUUGUCCCGUUCGGAAAAGCGUCGUGGACGACCAAAUCGGACGGAUCGCUCGAGUUCGACUGCCAGCACGGGCCGAUCGAGUGCGAAGGAAACACGAUACACGCCUGCGUCGUGGAAGCCGUCCGGGAGCCGCGCACUCGGCUCGCCAUGGUGGCGUGCAUGAUCCAGAACAACAUUAUGCCGCGCGACAUAUUCUAUCGCUGUGCCAAGGAGCACGGGGUGGAGAUCGAAUCGAUCAAAAAGUGCUACGACAGCCCGCACGGUGCGGAGCUGCUGAAGGUGCACGGCGAGGCAACGCACGCCCUUCGACCGGCCGUUUCGUUCAUACCGACCGUCACGCUCGAUGGGGCACAGUACGUCCAGAAGUCGAUCCUGAAGGAUCUGUUUGGCAACGUGUGCCAGGUGGUGGCGGGUCGUGGCCCGAAGCCGGACGUGUGCAAAUGAUAGCAGCUAGUGCUGCACUUCCUGGCGCGCUACCUACAGUCGGAGGUGCUGGACGAGGUGCGCCAGCUUCCGGGGCAGUUGCGACGCGGAUUGUUUUGGCUGUUGAACUAAGCUGCUGCUGCUGCCAGCAGUGAAAUAUCCUUAAAUCAAGUCCAUCCAAUCGUUGAUAACUUACGGUCAGGUUUUUCCAAGAGUGUCGCCUCAAAGUCGCGAGGGGAUGAAAGUCAUCCUUCGUUCCAGUAAUCCGUUUUCCUGAACCAUCUCUCUUUUGUAAUUAAUUUUCUCCUUCUGUACUUCGUACUCAUACUACAUUGGGUCAAAACACAUAGCACAUACUACCGCUGGCUGCUAAAAUUAUAAAUAGGUAAACGAAAACAGAACAAACAAAAAAAAAACCAAACAGUAUCUUGGCCGUACUAUGCUGAAGGCCGGAUUUAAGUCAAGUAGAACUAGAACAAAUAUUUUAGUGCAAUUUGUAGUGAGGCUUGCGGUGCGGUUUUGGGCCAUUGUCCUCUUCUGUAGUCUUUACUCACGCAACCGAAGUAGGGGCGAGGGUGGCAGUUGCAGUGCAACUGCCAUAUUCAAUAAUGCUCUAUAGUCCGCACUCCACACAGGAACGAAUGCUAGCCACAGAUGAUAGUGAGAAAAUUGGUUCUAGGAGUACACCGCAUAGAACAAUUAGCAAUAGUAGUAUACAGAACCGUAUGUGUGUGUGUUUAUCGAAAGUAAUUCCAGUGUUUUUCUGUGUUAAAACACAGAUAGAUUAAAAAAGACAGGGUUAAGUUACAGCUAAACAGUAAGAGUGCCGAGGGGUUUAGUCGAAUUGGCCGACAUUUGCUCAAACAGGGCACAAGUAAAGUAAGCAACGUGUUCUUCCGUUCGUUUACUUUUGUGCAUCGGAUCACUUAUUGGAAAAAGGAAACUCCGUUUUCUACGAGAGACUGAGCAAUUGAUACAACCUAAUCUUACGUUCUCUACGAAUUUAUGUUCCCGAACAGCGUACCGCACGCAAGAUAAGGAGAACUUAAUUAGGGAUUAUUAUUAAAUUCCUUUCCAUAUGGGUUGUAUGUUUCGUUUUGUGUAGUUUUCCUUCUUUGGGUGAUAUUUUACGCUAGGUUUUGCUGUUCAGAUUGUUAAUAACGAACGGAGUGUGUAUAGAGGAUCAAUUAAAUUAUUAAUAAAAAGUAAAACCGUUUACCGCUCUA